AUGUCACUACCAGAACGAGGGAAAGAUGAAUCAAAAUGGAUUCUUGAGAGCAUUGAGGUUGUUGAUCCAAUGGCGGAUGUGCCAUUAGAAGAUCACGAUGAUAAUAAAAAAAGUAACGUAAAUGGAAGCCCAGAAAGCAUGGUGGUGAAGUUUCCCAAUGAGGCUUCAUUGAGCAAUAAUGGUGACAAUAUAAGGCAUAGGAAUAAUAAUAAUAAUAAUAAUAAUAAUAAUAAUAAUAAUAAUAAUAAUAAUAAUAAUAAUGGUGGUGGUGGCAGUGUCAAGAUGGAGAGGGUUCAAUCAGGUGCAGCUAGAGGGCUUAAGGGUUUACGGUUCCUUGAUAGAUCAGUAACAGGAAAGGAAAAUGAUGCAUGGAAGUCUAUUGGGAAGCGCUUUAAUCAGAAUGCUGUUGAUGGGAAGAUCUCUAAAGACAAAUUCGGAACAUGCAUUGGUAUGGGGGCAGAAUCAAAGGAGUUUGCAGGGGAGUUGUACGAGGCACUGGCGCGGCGAAGGAACAUUUGUGCAGAAAAUGGUGUAACUCUGGAUGAACUCAGAGUAUUCUGGGAGGACAUGACUAAUAAAGAUCUUGAAGCAAGACUUCAAGUGUUCUUUGACAUGUGUGACAAGAAUGGGGAUGGUAGGCUAUCAGAAGAAGAGGUUAGAGAGGUUAUAUUAUUGAGCGCGGCCGCAAAUAAACUAGGAAAUCUCAAACAACAUGCUUCUACUUACGCAGCUUUGAUCAUGGAAGAGCUUGACCCUGAUCAAAAUGGAUAUAUAGAGAUGUGGCAGCUAGAAACUCUGCUAAGAGAAAUGGCCAGUGCUGAAGAAGGCACAGGUGUGAAAUGUAAUACUAAAAAUCAAGAAUUGACUAAAGCUAUGAUUCCAAGCAUGUAUAGAACUCCUCUUAGAAAGUUCUUCAAUAAAACAAGAGAAUUCGUACUAGACAAAUGGAAAAAGAUAUGGGUUAUCUCACUUUGGAUAGCAAUAAACAUUGCUCUUUACAGUUGGAAGUUUAUGCAGUACAGAGACACAAGAGAAUUCAAAGUCAUGGGAUACUGUCUCUGCUCUGCAAAGGGUGCUGCUGAGACUCUGAAGUUCAACAUGGCUCUCAUUGUUCUUACAAUGUGCAGAAACACUCUUACUAGGCUAAGAGGAACAUUUCUUAACCGAAUCAUCCCUUUUGAUGAUAACAUAAACUUCCAUAAGAUGAUCGCUGUCGGGGUAGUCAUUGGGACUGUGGUUCAUGUAGGGAUGCAUGUUACUUGUGAUUUUCCAAGAAUACAAUCUUGUCCGAAAAGGAAGUUUAUGUCGAUUCUUGGGCCUAAUUUCAACUAUAAGCAGCCUACCUACCUAGAAAUUGUUCUUAGUAUUCCUGGCACAACAGGAAUUGCUAUGGUUUUGAUUAUGGCAUUUGUUUUCACUCUAGCAACACAUUAUUUCAGAAGAAGUAUUGUGAAGUUACCUUCUCCUCUGCAUCGUUUGGCCGGUUUCAACGCAUUCUGGUACGCGCAUCAUUUGCUUAUCGGUGUUUAUGUGCUUCUCGUCAUACAUGGCUACUAUCUUUUUCUCACCAAAGAUUGGCGCAAGAAAACUACUUGGAUGUACCUUGUUGUUCCCCUAAUUCUCUAUUCUACUGAGAGACUGCAUCCAUUUGUUAACCGUGAAGAUCAUCGCGUUAGCGUGAUUAAGGCAAUAUUAUACACAGGAAAUGUUCUAGCACUGUACAUGACUAAACCUGCAGGAUUCAAGUAUAAAAGUGGAAUGUACCUUUUUAUCAAAUGCAAAGAUAUAUCCAAGUUUGAAUGGCAUCCUUUCUCCAUCACCUCUGCGCCCGGAGAUGAUUACUUGAGUGUCCAUAUUAGAACCCUCGGAGACUGGACGACCGAGCUUAGAAAACGAUUCGAGCAGGUUUGUGGGCCUCAGAAUGUAGAAACAAGACCAGGAGCACUUCAGAGAAUGCAAACUAGGGUAACUUCAGGCAAAGACCCAUCACAAGCAGGUUAUCCAAAGAUACUCAUUAAAGGACCAUAUGGAGCCCCAGCACAAAACUAUAAGAACUAUGAUGUUCUCUUGCUAAUAGGUCUUGGAAUUGGUGCCACACCAAUGAUCAGUAUUCUCAAAGAUAUCUUGAGCCACAUGAAAGGAGGAAACCUUGAACAGGGAAGCACCCAUGGUAAUAAUUCCUUAGAGGAAGGAAAGAAAUGUCCUAAUAGAGCAUAUUUCUAUUGGGUAACAAGAGAGCAAGCUUCAUUUGAAUGGUUUAAAGGUGUUAUGGAUGAUGUUGCAGAAUAUGAUCAAGAUGGUAUUAUCGAAAUGCACAACUACUUAACUAGUGUCUAUGCCGAAGGUGAUGCUAGAUCUGCACUUAUUGGCAUGAUUCAGAAGCUACAACACGCUAAAAAUGGACUUGACGUGGUUUCAGAAAGCCGGAUACGGACUCAUUUUGCAAGACCCAACUGGAAAAAAGUCUUUACUGAUUUAACGAGUCAACAUGAAAAUAGUAGAAUAGGUGUAUUUUACUGUGGAAGUCCUAGUCUUACACCAACAUUGAGGAACCUUUGUAAAGAGUUUAGCCUAAACUCAUCCACGCGCUUCGCUUUUCACAAGGAAAAUUUUUAAAGGACCCACC